AAGAAAUAGUGUUAAUUGUUAAUGAAGAGAAUAUUCAUUAGUUUUGUUUUAACGUUCAUAGCUAGUAUACCAUGAUCACACUCAGCAAUCAACACAAAAUACAAUUCAUUAUCUGUGCAUUCAUAAGGUUAUCUGAUAUUUAGACUAAAAACCAUGAACAUUAGUGAAUGUUCAUACAAAAAACACUGCCAGUUAAAAGUGAGGUUCUUGGCAUAAACAAUAGCAGUUUAAUGUAACAUGUUUUUAAAUAAAAAUUUUAAAUUAAUUUAAUAAGUUUAUUUGAUUAUACAUAGUCCAAUUUUUUUUAAAUUAUUUAUAUCAUAUUUAUUAGUACAACAAUUAGAUCAAUUAAAUACUUGCAGUUAUUAUUUUGAUUAAAAAUGUUGUCAUAUAUAACUAAAAUUGGAAUAUGGUUGUGUGUACUAGUUUCCUGCAAAAUUACACUGGCACUUAAUAAUGGAUUAGCUUUAACACCCCCAAUGGGUUGGCUUGCUUGGCAACGAUUCAGGUGUACUAUAGAUUGUGAUACUUUUCCAGACGAAUGUGUCAGUGAACAAUUGUUUAUGACUACAGCUGAUUUGUUAGUAAGUGAAGGGUAUGAUAAAGUUGGAUACAAAUAUGUUGUAAUUGAUGAUUGUUGGAUGAUGCACAAUCGAACAGCAGAUGGAAAAUUACAAGCUGAUGAAAAACGAUUUCCACAUGGAAUUAAAGCUCUUGCUGAUUAUGUCCAUUCAAAAGGGUUAAAAUUUGGAAUUUAUGAAAGUGUUGGAACAAAAUCUUGUGAAGGAUAUGCUGGUAUCAAAGGUUACGAAAAAAUUGAUGCUCAGACAUUUGCAGAAUGGGGAGUUGAUUAUGUGAAACUAGAUGGAUGCUACACAGAUGAACGAAAUAUGGACACAAAUUUUCCACAGUUUGGAAAAUAUUUGAAUGAAACAGGAAGACCAAUGAUUUACUCUUGUUGUUGGCCAUUUUAUCAAGAAGGUAAAGGAAUGCAGGUUAACUAUACACUAGUAUCUCAAUCCUGUAAUUUAUGGAGAAACUAUGGGGAUAUACAAGAAUCGUAUGCUUCUUUAUUUGAUGUACUUGAUAAUUUUGCGGUGAAACAAGAUAUUUGGGCUCAAUAUGCAGGUCCAGGACAAUGGAAUGACCCAGAUAUGUUAUUGAUUGGAAAUUUUGCAUUGAGUCACGAGCAAAGCCAAACACAAAUGGCUCUAUGGGCUAUAUUAGCUGCACCUUUAUUUAUGUCAAACAAAUUGUCCACUGUCCAACCAAAUUUCAAGAAAAUACUACAAAAUACUGAAGUAAUUGGAGUAAAUCAAGAUAAACUUGGCAUACAAGGCAAAAGGAUCUAUAAGGACCAAGGAAUUGAGAUAUGGACAAAACCAGUCGAACCAAAAGAGAUAGAACACUAUUCAUAUGCAAUUGCUUUUGUUAGUCGUCGGACAAUGGGAACACCAUUUUCAUACAAUAUUACAUUAAGUAAUUUAGGAUUAAAUAACCCAAAUGGAUACAAAAUAAAGAAUUUAUUUGACGAUAAUACUUCAGUAAAGGUUUUAAAACCAGAUUCACUACUUAAAGUUAAAGUAAACCCAUCAGGGGUGGUCUUAAUAAGAGCUAAUAUUAUUUCAAAAUAUGAUUACAUACAUGGUCCAUACUUUUGAUGACUUCUUCAAAACAGGUAUAUGAAUACCUGUAAUGGAACAGUGUACAUCAUAGAUAUGAGUUAAAUAGUUAGUAAAAUAAUCAAUAUUACCUACUAGUAAGUAAUAAGAAAAUCUAUAAAUUGGAAUAAAUAUUUUUAAACACAAAAAAAACUAUUAUUUUUUAAAUUAUUGACUUUUUAUACCUAUAUUAAACUGAACAUUUUGCAAUAAAAUUUUAAAUGAAUAACCAAAAUUGGUAGUGCAUAAUUAAUUUUUGUCAGGAACAAUUAAAUUCAGGAAAAUAUUUGUCAGGAAUGCUUUUGUGAUGGGAACUUAUGUUAACUGAAAAUCACUUCUUAGUUAAACUAAAUUCUGGAAAUUAUAUCUUAGAGGACAAUAAUUAUGUUUAAGAAUUUAAAAUUGAUGAAAAUGUAAAUUAGGAAAAUAAUACACAAGAAUUCAAAAUCAUAAAACCAGGAAAAUAUUACCCAAGAAAAUAAUCUACGAGAAUUUAAAUAUUAGGAAAUAUUUCAGGAUUGGAACGUAUAAUACAGUAUGAAACACGUAUUAUAGGUACGUAUAAAACGUAUAAAACGUACAGUAUAAAACAACUUAGUUUUAUACGUUUUAUACUGUAUAAAAGUUUUUUUUUUUCUGGAUUGAACAGCUCUUAUCAAGUUAUAAAUGUAUAGGUAAUAAUAAAUAUAAUUGUCAUAUUUUGUGAUAAUUUUUUUAAUUUGUUUAUAUUAGUUACUAAGUACCAUUUAGUUCAUCUUUAUUCUGUCUUAAUAAACUACAUUAAUAUUAAUUAUUAUUAUUUUAUAAUAAAAAAAGACAUUUGUGAUAAUUAAAUAAUUUGUUAUAUUAAUAAAAAUAUAUUUUUUUUUGUUAUAGGUAACUUAAAAUUACAAAAAAAGAAAUUUGUAUUGUUUUUAAUUGUAUUCUAAAUUUAAGAAAAUUAAGUAUUUCUUAGUCGUUAUUUAGUUUUAUACGUUUUAUAUGUGGGGUAUUAUACGUGUAACGUAUAAAACGUUUUAUACGCGUAUAUUACCAACCCUGAAAUAUUUACACGGGGAAGUAAUAUUCAGGAAUAAUGUAGAAUAUUUUCACGGUUUUGAAAUUCCUGUCUAUUAUUUUCCUGUGUAAAUAUUUUUCUGUUAUAUAAUUCCUAUAUAUUA